AUGGUGUUGGCGUUGGUGGUCGGAGUGCUGUGCUUGUGGGGCCGCCUGAGCGUCGCGAACCCUGAGGCCAAGCGGCUGUACGACGAUCUACUGUCCAACUACAACAGACUGAUCCGACCAGUUGGCAAUAACUCUGAUCGACUCACCGUCAAAAUGGGCCUAAGACUUAGCCAACUCAUCGACGUUAAUCUUAAGAAUCAAAUCAUGACAACGAACGUGUGGGUAGAACAGGAAUGGAAUGACUAUAAACUGAAGUGGAACCCCGAUGACUAUGGUGGCGUGGACACACUGCACGUGCCUUCCGAACACAUUUGGUUACCAGAUAUUGUGCUUUAUAAUAAUGCGGACGGCAACUACGAAGUAACGAUCAUGACGAAGGCCAUCCUUCACCACGACGGAAAGGUUGUGUGGAAACCACCGGCCAUCUACAAGUCAUUCUGCGAGAUCGAUGUCGAAUAUUUUCCAUUCGAUGAGCAGACAUGCUUCAUGAAGUUCGGGUCCUGGAGCUAUGAUGGGUAUACGGUGGACUUGAGGCAUCUGAAACAAACACCAGACUCCGAUCACAUAGGGAUGGGCAUAGAUCUAUCAGAAUAUUACAUCUCGGUAGAAUGGGAUAUCAUGCGAGUCCCUGCUACUCGAAACGAAAAGUUCUACUCUUGUUGCGAAGAACCGUACCCAGAUAUUAUUUUUAACCUUACCCUAAGAAGAAAAACCUUGUUUUACACAGUCAAUCUCAUCAUCCCUUGUGUAGGAAUAUCAUUUCUUUCGGUCCUAGUUUUCUACUUACCUUCAGAUUCUGGUGAAAAAAUUUCACUUUGCAUCUCUAUUUUACUUUCUCUGACUGUGUUUUUCUUGCUAUUGGCAGAAAUCAUUCCACCCACAUCAUUAACGGUGCCACUGCUAGGCAAAUAUUUACUAUUCACUAUGAUGCUAGUAACGUUAUCAGUAGUAGUCACUAUAGUGGUGCUAAACGUAAAUUUUAGAUCGCCAGUUACCCACCAUAUGGCUCCGUGGGUACGGAAAGUCUUUAUAGAUUUUUUACCCAAAAUAUUAUGUAUACAAAGGCCAGAAAAGCCACCAGACGAUGACGAUGAUAAUGAUAAACCGACCGAGGUGAUUACUGACGUGUUCGGUGGGGACGACAUGGAUGGAAAAUUCAAAGAAUGGGGCUGUGAAGAGUACGACCUGCCUGGAAUGCCCCCCUCACCGCCGCCUCCCCCGGGGGGAGACGACGAACUAUUCUCUCCGCCCCCGAGCUCGCCAUGCCGCAUGGAUCUAGAUGACGGCACUUCAUCUCUAGAAAAGCCAUUUGUGAGAGAGAUGGAAAAGACUAUAGAGGGAUCGAGGUUCAUUGCACAGCAUGUUAAGAAUAAAGAUAAGUUUGAAAGUGUUGAAGAUGAUUGGAAGUACGUCGCCAUGGUGUUAGACAGAAUCUUCCUAUUCGCAUUCACAAUAGCGUGCGUGAUGGGAACUGCACUGAUAAUAUUCAGAGCACCAACAUUCUACGACAAUACCAAGCCGAUCGACAUCCUCUACUCAAAAAUUGCCAAGAAGAAAUUGGAAUUGCUCAAAAUGGGCUCCGAAGGAGAUCCGGGUCUCUGA